CCCAUCUAGAACUUUAGGGAGUUGAAAUUUUGUAUAAACCAUAAAUGUAAAAAUAAGUAAAUGAAAAAAGACGUAAAUGUAACAAUACUAAUUUAAAAUUAUUAAAAAUUAAUCAGUACUAUAUUCUCGGAAAUUACUAAAAUUUUUGAACAUAACCUUGAAAAACAUACUCAAAUGUUAUGUCAUUAAACCGCUAUAGAAAUAUUUGUCCAACGUAUAUAGUAAUCAAUUUCUUUUAAAUUGUAUAUAGUUAAUUGUUUAUAAUGUCAAUGCUAUUAAGAUUAUUAAGUUCACGAAAUUUUUAUUCUUUGAAAAAUGUUAUUCAAACAUGCCCGAGACGGAACGAAAGUGUUUCGAGGAUUCAACAAACUUCCAUGGCGAAAACUGUAUUAAGAACGAGUCUGGUAGGGGUUACUGUCGGCGUGAUUGUCACGACAGGUUACACUUGGUAUUCGUCUAUGCAAGCUUCGAAAAAUUUUCCUCUGAAUGAAGUUAAAUACGAAAUUAAAACGUUGAAAGAAAAGCCAACAGUUCCUAUUUCUCGAAAGAUUAUCUCACCAAUAGAUUCAACCGGAUUAAAAUUGACCCUCUUCCAAUACCAAACAUGUCCCUUCUGUUGUAAGGUCAGAGUUUUCUUGGAUUAUUAUGGUUUAUCCUAUGAUGUUGUAGAAGUGGAUCCAGUAUUGCGCAAAGAAAUAUCAUGGUCGUCUUACAGAAAGGUUCCAAUAUUAUUAACAGAAGUGAAAUCUGGCUAUCAGCCGCUAAAUGACAGCUCGAUGAUCAUUUCAUUGCUGGCAUCAUAUUUCAAAGAUAGAUCGCAGGAAGUUAAUGAACUGGUAGCAUAUUAUCCCUUCAUAGCGAUGCAUAAUGAAAACGACAAAUUGAAAUACGAAAUUAUGAACAAGUACUUUCUAAUGUACAAUAAUACUUUGUCUGAACAUGAAGACUUGAACAAUCAGAUAAAAGAACGGGAAUGGAGAAAAUGGGCAGACGAUGUUCUGGUACAUACUUUAUCACCGAAUGUCUAUAGAUCUCUCAAAGAAGCUUAUGAAACGUUCAACUGGUUCUCGAAAGUUGGUAAAUGGGAAGAGUAUUUUCCAACGUGGGAAAGACUGAUAAUGAUAAAUGUGGGCGCAACGGCAAUGUGGAUGAUAUCUAAGCGUCUGAAACGAAAGCAUAAUCUCAAGGAUGAUGUUCGACAGUCUUUUUACGAUGAAAUUAACAAAUGGUUAGGUGCCAUUAAGAAACGCGGUAGUACAUUUAUGGGAGGAGAGAAACCUGACUUGUCAGAUCUUGCUGUUUAUGGAAUAUUGAAGAGCAUAGAAGGUUGCAAUGCUUUCAAAGAUGCUCUGACCAACACAAAACUGAAAACAUGGUACAAUGCAAUGACAAAAGAGGUAGAGUCACACUCUGGAACCAAAUACCUAGGAAAUUAAACAAUGUAUAUAAGCAGCUUUUUUGAGAUCAUUACUAUUCGAUUCAAUCUUGAAUUACUUUUGAUUCUUUGAAGCUAAGUUCUAAGUGGAGUAAUUAUAAGUAAUAAUUUAAGGAUAAGGAACUAGAUAUUGUAUUUCAUAUUUUAUUUAUAAGACACAGUAUUCUUGUGUAUGAA